AUGUUGGUCAGGAUUCCUAAUGACUAUAUUAGGCAGAAAAUUUUAGAGAAACGUAUUUGGUAUAUUGGUGACACUAUGUUUCAUACUGCGCAAUGGGCCUCCCAUCAUUCUCAUGAUACUUCUCCUAUGGUCUCAUUUCCCGUUUGGGCUCAUUUGAGAGGAGUUCCUCUUGACCUUAGAUCUCUAGAAGGGUUAAGCUGGGUUGCUGGUCUUAUUGGUGAGCCAAAAGAAACAGAUGAAUUCACAAUCAACCUUACCAGUCUUCAUCUGGCUCAUGUGAAAGUAGAGGUUGACCUGACAAAAACCCUUCCUGAUGUCAUCGAGCUAGGAAGAGCGGAUGGUAGUGUUACUUUGGUUGAGGUAACUUAUCCAUGGAUUCCACCAACUUGCUCCCAUUGUAAGGAACUUGGUCAUGUUAUUCGGAAUUGCCUCAAACUGCCUCAUGCUAGUGCUAGGAACAGCUCACAGGGGAAGCCAACCCCCCCCCCCAACGCUACUACGGUGCCACGGGGCCCUAAGGACAACCCUCUGAGUGAUCCAAAUGCAGCUGCUGGGCCUACUCACCUUAGUAAAGCUCCUUCUAUCACCACUGCUCAUUGCCAUCCAUCUGCGUUGGUUGAAUCUGGUUCAGAGUUGGUUUCCACACCCUCUAAAGCUGGCUCCUUGGUUAUGAGCUCGGUACUUGACUCCCAAUUGAGCCCCUCUGUUUUAUUCUCUACCCCUACUGCUUCCCUCCCUUCUUCUUUGUCCACCAAUUCCCCAUUAUCCAUUUCCCCCACUUUAAUUCAACCCUUUGUUGUUGGGCUACCUGCCUCUAUUUCUUGCUCAGGUCAACCAUACCCUCAUAGUCCUCCUUAUGAACCACGACCAUACUUAAUCCCCAAAAAAUAUAAACCAAAAUCCCCUCUUCCACCAAAUAACACCAGCAGUAACCCACCACAAAAACCAAUCCCUAAGUCACUCAAACUGUCAAGAGUCAAACAACCUCCUGAUGCUUCUUACCCUAUAGCUACUCACUCUUUAGAUAUCCCUACUAAUCCAGACUGUGAAUCAGAAAUGAUUGUGGAAAUUGUUGUUGAUGUUCCUACUAACCCGGGGAAGCAUCUCCUUCAAUCUCUAUGA